CUACUGAUAUGGCUUAUCUUAAACCAGAAAGUACUGUGCAGAACCAGAAACUUGUAUUUGCUAUAUUUCCGAUAGGAUGUGAAGGCAGCAUUACUCUAAUAAAAUCUUCAAGCUUUUCAAAUUGCACACCCUAAAAUACUGAAAGUAUAUUUUUACAGGUGUUUCAUUACUCCUCCUGGGACCAAGAAAUAUAGAACAUGGAAAAUCAAGACCCUGCUGUUGUUGAUGCAAUAAAGGAAUCGGGCGAGUCCACUCUGGAAAAGGCUAAAGCAAAGGCUAAAACAAAGUUUGACCAGUUUAUGAGCGUCUCACUUAACAUCGCUGUGACUGGAAAGACAGGAUCAGGAAAAUCCUCCUUUGUAAAUGCACUUAGAGGUCUACAGGAUGACGAUGAUGGAGCAGCACCUACUAGCCCCCUAGAAUGUACAAUGGUGACCGCCAUGUAUGAACAUCCUGAAAUGCCAAAUGUGAAGAUCUGGGACCUGCCUGGAAUAGGAAGCCCAAACUUCAAAGCAAAAAAAUACCUGAAAGAUGUCAAUUUUAACACCUAUGAUUUCUUCAUUAUCCUUAACUCAGAGAGGUUCACGGAGAAUGACAUCAUACUGGCUAAAGAAAUAAGAAAACUGAAGAAAAACUUUUACUUUGUUCGUUCCAAGAUUGAUAAUGACAUGUCUUCAGAGAAAAAGAAAAAAGGAUUUGAUCAGCAGAAGGUUCUUUCCAUAAUAAGAGAGGAUUGUCAGAAAAACCUGAAAGAACUGGGAGACCCCGAAGUUUUCUUGAUAUCGUCUUUUGAUUCGGAGAAAUAUGAUUUUGAAUCACUUCAAAACACUCUCGAAGAUGAGCUUCCAGAACACAAGAAGUAUGCUCUUCUACAAGCCUGGCCAGUGUGUUCUGCUGCAACUCUUGAGAAGAAGAUCAAUAUGUUUAAACGGAUGAUCUUGGCUGCAUCUUCUGUCUCUGCUGCUGUAGCAGUCGUCCCUUUCCCUGGUCUAUCAGCAGCAUGUGAUACAGGCAUGGUCGUGCUUUUCCUCACAAGGUGCUACUAUGCAUUUGGUUUGGAUGAUAGAUCACUGACAAGGCUUUCCGAAAAAGUUAACAAGCCCCAUCUGAAAGAUCUGGCCAAAUCUAAAUUAGUUACUGCCAUCCGUGAAAAAGCACUGGCCAGAUUGCAAGUGUCUGCUGCGCUCGCUACCAUUGCUACUGUUGAAUAUUUGUUGAGUCUCCUUCCAGUUGUAGGCAGUGCUGCUGCUGCAGGAAUAUCCUUCGCUACCACUCAGUACCUCUUGAUAGAAGGAGUAAAUGAUCUGGCAAAUACGGCUCGAGUAAUCAGAAAAGAAGCUGGUCUUGCUUCUGUUCAUUGAUCUAUGUCCAAUAGAGCAUGUAAGC